AUGCUUACCUCGGCGAUACCAGAACAUCUCCAGUGCACCCGCACUCGGCCAGCGCGUCUCCCCGCCGAUUUCCAACCCCCUUAUCCGUCAUACAGUGUACGAUUCCCCGAACAUGCCUCCCAGCUGGUAAUGGCCGUUAUUGGUGCGCAAUAUCGGACGGCCUCGGAUGCCGACGGAGCAGCCCAGUCUACGUUAGUGACGUUCCUGACAUCCCUGAACAAUCCUCCUUCGUUUUUCGAGUGGGCGUCCGUGACCGACAACAAAGGCUUCUACAAUAUCUCCGCUCUGGCCUACUGGCCAAGCAAGGCUGCCUACGAAACUUGGGCCGAACAGUCCGGGUUCUGGGAGUGGUGGCGGGCGCUUGAGCCUGAGGUCUGCCAGCACGGAUGGUUCCUCGAGGUCUUCUUCCCGACCAUGGGCCGCCUCGAGACUAUCUUCAAUACUAAUGACUUUCCCGAGGGCUGUGCCCACAUAAGGGAGGGUAUGAGCGGAGAGAUCCAGGAGCAUGGCUACUGGGGCAGCAUGCGCGACCGCCUUCCGGCUUCUCAGACCGACAGCCUUGCCGGUACCCUGGCCACCGCAGGGGACUUCCAAGGUCCCCAUACAUCCGAAAUCGGUAGCCGAAUUAGGAUCCUCGGCAAGAAGAACCUGACCGUCAUUCGCUCGGGACAAAACUGGCUCGACACAACCCCAGAAGAGCGAGAGCUGUACCUCGACACUAUGCACCCAGUGUUGAUCAAGGGCAUGGACUUUUUGCGAGACCAUGGCGACGAGGUUGGCUGCUAUAGCUGCCGUUUCAUGGAGAUUGUUGACCCGAUUACGGCAAAGGCCGACAAGGACCGGACUUUUGGGCUGGCCUAUUUCGACGACCUUGGCUCGCUCGAGCGCUGGUGCAGAGAGCACCCAACCCACCUCGCCAUCUUUGGUGGUUUCCAUCAGUAUGCGAGGAAACUCAAAAACAAUGUCACCCUCCGCGUGUUUCAUGAGGUAAUGGUUCUUGAGCCGGAGCAGCAGCUCUUUGACAUCGUUGUCGGCAUUGGUGACGCUAGGGUGAUUUGUGACUUUGAUCAUCUAACCGGCAACUUAAAGCAUCUCGGUAGCCUUAAAGGCCGCACUCUCAACACCCAAAUUGCGUUACGGAGAGAGGCUCAACCUUUGACGGUUACUUACAAACGCACGCACCAAGCCAUGUCCGCUACAUUGUCACAAGGCUCUAACGAGCGUCACGAGGAGGGCUGCUUCGCGACAACGUUUGAGAGAAAGUACUACCACCGAGGGGGUGCCUUCAUUAAGCGAAGCCUGCGGCCGAGGGAGUUCCGCACCAACCAGCGGGACGACAUCCAUAUCCCACGCGCCAACGGGGAGCGCAUCAAGAACGAGGCCGACACGCUACGCUACAUCCGCGAGCACACCAACAUCCCCGUCCCCACAGUGUACGCCGACUUUGAGGACGACGGCGCCUAUUACCUUGUGGUCGAAUACAUUGAGUGUGUCUCCAUGGCCGACUUGACGGAAGAUCAAAAGGAGAUGGUGGAGCUGGAGCUGGAUGGGCAUUUGAACACUCUCGAGGGUCUUCGAUCGAACCGGAUGGGCGGGCCUUCUGUGACGAACCUACUUCAGGACCCUGUCCUGUUAGGGUACCGGCGUACCUUUUGCUGGGAACCCGUUCCCUUCGUUCCUCUGCUGAUUGGUCUGAGACCCAUUCUUAAUGAUUGGCUGGGAACGCUUCCCGCGCGUGCCCUCAUCGGGGCGUGGUACGCGACCAUAACCGUGACACCUUCCGGAAUUGUCAUCCCGCCAUAUCGGGUCAUGCGGCGGACGGAGAAGGAUAGCUGGAACCUGCCGCCUUCGGGGAAGAAGGAAUACGUUUUUUGCCACAACGAUUUCUCCCAGCACGACGUCAUUGUCGACCCGGACACAUUGAAGGAUAAGGCCAUCGUCGACUGGGAGUAUGCCGGGUUCCAUCCCGACGACUUUGAGAUGCUGUUUUACCAAAGGAAGGGCCCUUCGGUUGCUCUGCCGGGCGAGGUGGACGACUCAGCGGCGUUGCUCGAAUUUCUCGAGAAUCGAGACGAAACGCCUAGAGUUAAGGUAGCUUUCACUGAUGAGUCGACUGGGCAAGAGUGCCUAGCGCAGUCGGCAAGCGCAGGGGAUGAUGCUGAAAGAUGCUGUUUUGACCUGAAUGGUAAGACAAAUCCAGGCCCGCUAGACUACCCCGAUUCGUGCGACGACGAACCCGACCUCAAGUCCGAUUCUAUUUCCAUCAAAGCUUCCAUACGUGUGGAAUCGACUCAGUACUGCUUCCUCAUCACCCACACCCCCGCGAUCGCGGCCAUGCAGCCCGUUCCCAGGACGCGGCGCGCGCCGCAAAACACCCAACAUACAUACUCGCUCGACCGUCGGAUAUACGAUGUGAAGACAUACCCUGUCCAGUCGCCCCAGGGAGCGACCAUCCUGAUUUACGGCCACGAGAAUGGAAUCACAUUGGUUUGGCGCGGCGGUCGACGGCUCAAACCCCCAAAGCAGCCGGUUAACGAUAAGAGGAAUGGCGCGCACUCGAGCGAUGCGGUCAUGAUUGUCGAUUCGGAUGAUGAGGAGCCGGCGACCGACGCCCCCGUCGACAAACCGGAAUUCCAAGACAGCCCGACCGUUGGCGGAGCGGUACCCGAAAUCAUCCAAACCCUCGAUCUUGCCCUCGAAACUGCUGUUCUUCACGUGGCUGUCCUACCCAUGCCGGCAAGCACUGCUGAAGAUGCCGCCUGGAACGGCGCUGGCAUUCUAAGGAAUCAGAUCGUGUUCGCCGUCACCUGCGCAACCGCCGAUGUUUAUGUGGUCACAGUGCCAUUGACACCCCCUUCCCACGAGAGCAAGGCGAGGCCGGAACUGCGGAAGAGUUUGUUGGCAGGCAAUGCAGGCACGGGCGUUUGGGGAGAGACGCUGACUCUGCUGACGGGGCCGAGUCGUCCUUCCGGCGGACUUGCGCUGACGCUGGUGAAGCAAAAGUCGGGGUCACGGAGCAGAUCACUAGAACGCCCCGCGUCCCAAGCGGCGCCUGCUACCCGAGCAAUUGUUGCAGCACAUUCGCGUGAAGCUAGCGGCAUAUUGCGACUGUGGGAUGUCACCUUGGACGCGAAGCCCGGGGUCAUCAACCGCGUGGAGCCAUUUCAGACCGAAUACCUUCCGGCGCCGCUGACAAGCCUUACCUUCAAUCCGACGCACAUCACCCAACUUCUCGCCAUCACAUCCUCGCAAGCAGCCCGCAUCUACGAUUAUGCUACCGCCGCGCUCCCCUCCGACGACGCCUCCGAGGGCCCAUUCCCCACGCAAGGGUCAUGGCUGUUGUCGCUCUAUGCCCCUUUCGCUAGGGGGCCAUCAAUGUCGACCGCUCGGAAACCAAUAGUGGGCGCUGAGUGGAUUGCCCAUGGCCGCGCCGUUUUGGCCCUCCUCGCUGACGGCCAAUGGGGAAUUUGGGAUAUCGACGGCGCCAGCCCUUCGGCCAGCGGCUCCGGCGGUCUCUUCAGCAAGGCGAAUGCCGGACUGCGGGGCUCCGGAAUCACAACCUUUUGCGUUUCGGGGCAUCUGGAGGGGACCAGCCCACUUCGGAAUCCCGGGACCCAGAAGACGCCUGCCGCGCCGGGGUCAGCAGGCGAGUUUGUGCCCAUGACACCUCACACAAGGCGCGACGCCAUUGUCUCAGCCGUGAUGAGCGGGUCGGAGAGAUUGGCGACCGUGCGUGGCGGUGUCACUGUCGCCCAGCUCACGCCGCAAGGAACCGAUCCCGGUGAUGAGAGUGCUGUGCUCUGGCUGGGGGGAACCGAUCCUAUCGUCUCCGUCAUCCCCAUCAUCUCUCGAUUCUGGGACUCCCAACUGCGCCGUGCAGUCGGCGGCGGCGUCAACCUCUGGAGCGGCGCCCAGCCCACCCGCAUGCUCCGCCUCACGGACCUCGGAGCAGGGCUGCUUGGCGAGCGGUGCACCGGUGCAGCUGCUAUUCCUAAAGUCAGCGGGAUGUCCACCACCAACCACAGCUCCUCCACAGCAAGGGAGAGCACCGGCCCAAGCCACGCCGAGGGGCUACCCGUGGAGGUCCUCCUCCAAGGCGAGAGCCGCCUCGUAGUCGUUCACGAGAGCGAAGACACCGGCUCGCUCACCAACCGCCUCCUCGGCGCGCGCAAGAAGCCCCGCGCCGACCUCGGCCCAACCAGGGCUAUCCUAGCCUACCCACCACCAGAGAGGACGACCAGCGCCAAUGUGUCGUUCAACCUCAGCAUCGCGCCGCAGCGCCAAACCGGCGGUCUGUUCCGGCCCCGCCCGCAUCCGUCUGUGGGUGGGUCGUUCGAACAGUCCAUGGAGGUGCUGCCGUCGACCGAGUUGCCCGACGAGACGCAGUCAGCACCGUCGAGCCAGCAGGGCCUGAUGUUUAUCAACGACCUCGACUAUGCCGCCGACCAACCCGAUGAUGAGUUUGAGGUGGCGGGCCGCGAUAUCGAGCAGGAGCUGAUGGAUAUCAUGGAUAUCGACCGCGAGCUGGAGCAGCUGGAGCACGAGCGCGAGAAGGGGACGAAGAGGGUUUUCUUUGAGGGGGAUUAG